UCUGAGAGGGAUGUUCCUGAUCUUCGUGUGCGCCCUGAGGUUCAGGGCAGGGCACACUGUGCUCUGGAGUAAGUCCGUGUGCCCCGGAGCAGCUCGAGUAGGAGGGGCGGGCAUUGGGGAGUAUAAAGUCAGAGGCAACCUGUGCCGGGGCAGGCCGCCUGCAGGUAGAUGGAGGUGAUGAGAAAGCUGGCAGGCUGGGUGUCCCUGAUGCUCUGUAUGUGUGGGCUGCAAGCAGAAUUGAAUAUCCAUUUCCAUCCUCCAGCUCCAGAAUAUUUCAAGGCGCCCUGUGUCUUCCCAUUUACGUACGAUGACCUGACCUACUACAGCUGCAUCUCCGUGCACAGCGAUUACGCCUGGUGCUCACUGGACGAGAGAUUCCACGGCAGGUGGCGCUACUGCACGGCCAAAGACCCCCCCAUGUGUACCUUCCCCUUCCGCUUCAGGGAUAGACUCUUUCAGACGUGCACCAAGGUAGGCUACAUUUUUAAUCGGACGUGGUGCUCGCUGACCAGUAAUUACGAUGCAGAUGGAAAAUGGAAGCAGUGUUCUCCUUACAAUUUAUAGUAAGUCUUGGUGUUCACGAACGGACAGAAGUUAGAGGAUUCAUCCGCUGCCUCUCAAAAUGGAUCUUUUCCCGGAUCAUUCUGACCAAUAAAGAUUUGAUCCCUCUC